AUGAUCCUACUGGAAAAACAGAAUUCUGAGUCCAAGACACUUCUCCUGGAUGAGAGUUUCAUUAUCUCAGAUUGCCGCUUAAUAUCCCGGAAUGGAGUCAAAGACCAGUCCGAGCUCCUCGAACCCGGAUCGCGACGCGCAGCCAACCAACUUCGCCCCUCAGCCUCACCGAAGAGCGAGGACCCGAGCUCGCAUAAGCGCAGCGUGUGUGAGAUGCCAAAAGAGAAAGAUUCGGGCAAGUACACCGAGCCCCUGGCGGUCUCUGUGACGGUGUUCUGCCAUCAUGCUCAGGCUGUCAAAAGGCCGGCGUUCGAUGUGUGGAUGGCGGCACUUCUCGUGAAAUUCCGCGAAACAUGGCUAGAGUCCGUUGUCCGUGAGAGGUGUCCAGAUGUCGAUCUCACCACAGGGCCGGGGCGGCCAUCACGAGCUCACUCAUCGGGUGUUGAGCGUUCAACGCGGCAAGGCUCCCAGGACUCCCCGGAAGAGGCUUCGCCACAUGAGAUCACAGAGCAGAUAGGCCUGAUAUCCAUUUCAGGCGGCUCUGACCUUCGUUACCUGGGACCCUCCAGCGGCCUUUUCUUCACCAAGUUCGUGCUCGCGGGCUUAGCACAUGUCGCAGAUAUCGAGACGGUAAACCUUCGUGGCAAUGGAUGCGACGAUGCCGAUGUGUUCCUCCCUGGAGAUCUGGUCGACUUGCAAGCCAAGGAUUUCCCGAAUGACAAGAGACAAACCAUGUUCCUCACUCAAAUCUAUUUCGACUCUGUUCACCUACAGUUUCCCUUCCUCCACGAGCCCUCACACCAUGCCAUCCUCCACAAGCUCUACAAUGGGGAGACCCUGGAUGCGCUAGAGGAGUUCCAAGCAUUCAUGGUUCUGGCUAUCGGUGCCACGAUUUACGGUCGUCGCUCGAGACGGCACAUGCUGGGUGAAGGCUAUUAUGCCUCCGCGCUGCAACGUCUAGAUACCGUCUUUAGGACGCCGUCACUCGUCACAUGCCAGUGUCUUUUGCUGUUGGAGAUGUAUACCCUUCACGACCCAUCAUCUGGACUGAAUAUAUGGACCCUCCACUACCACUCAUUGGCGUCAUGCUUGGAGCUGGGCUUGCACCGUGAUGUCCGGAACCCCCGCCAUUUCAACCCUCUGCAGGUGGAACUCCGCACGCGAAUCUUCUGGUGCACAUACACCAUGAAUCGACAGCUGUGCACAAUCAUGGGGCGGCCGCUGGGAUUCUUUGACGAGCAAUGUGAUUUGAGAUUACCCAUGGAUGUCAACGACGAUGACUUGACCGAGGAGGGUGUGCGGCCCUCCUCGAAGCCUCCUGGAAGCCCCACUACCAUGUCAAGCGCAAUUCAUCUCUUCAAAUGGGCGAGGUUCAGCUCCGAGAUCAAGACGGUUUUGUUUUGUACGGAUCGACACUACCCGCCUUAUUUGACUCCGGCCAUCAACGAUGUGACGGCAUGGCGGACAGACAUGAUUAGCCGCCUGCGAAAAUGGCGACAAGACAUUCCCAGACACGCCGAGGGCGAGCGAACUUUCUACCUGAUCGACCUCUGCGAGAUUAGAUAUCAUGAGCUGAUGAUGCUUAUGCUCCGCCCAAAUCCCCUGUUCAAACAGCCAUCAAAGGCGGCCCUGGGCGAAUGCUUUACCAGCGCCAUUACUUGCAGCAAGCUCUACGCAAAGCUGUACGCCGAUAACCAGCUGCGGUACGGCUGGCUAACCGUCCAUUCAUUAUUUUUGUGCAUCAUGACCAUCUUCUACUGCGUCUGGACUCCGGAAGGCAUUGCUGACCAGGUCAAUUUCGACUGCUUGACCACUUCUCUCAAGGCGGCGUCGGAUAUUCUCAGUGCGACAGGAGAGUACUGGCCCGAGGCGAAGCGAAGCCGCGAUGUUCUGGACCGAAUAUUCACGGCAACCAUGAGGCGCUUCUCUCCACGGCCGGAAUUGACAAAGCUGCAGCCCCUGAUCAACUCAUCAGACUCUCAGCCUGGUAGUGGCCCAGCAUCAAUAGGCAUGACGGAUGGCACCAGCAUCUCAUCUCAGGCUGGCAGUAGCGCUUACGGAGACAAUGCCGUUGCUCCGGGAGACGGACUCAUCGCCUCGGCAGAUGGAAUUGUGUCUUCUGGCGUAUCGCACGGAGAACCAGAUCUGCAUCUGGGGCUCUCCUUGACAGAUGGCUCACCGGCCAUGAAUGCCGAGUUCCCUUACCCGAAUACAGUACUCGACUCCUUUGUGACGACGGACUGGCUUUCGUAUUUUAUGAAUGCAGAAGACUUUGGAAGCAUGAACAUGGAUAAUACCUUUGGGGCAAUGGGCGGACUGAGCGGAAUGGGUGGGCUAAGCGGGUUUGACAUGAUGACUGGAACGGAUGUGUCUGGAUGGUACCAAGGAGACAUGAGCGUACUGUGA